CCUCCCCGUCUCCUUCUCCAUCCUCAGGUCCAAGAUGGCGGCGGUGGCGGCUCCUACGGCUCCAUCUCCGCCUCCCCCGCCCCCGUCGGGCCCGUGCUGCCCCGGCUCGUGGCCGAACUUCGCCGUGGUCUGCUCCUUCCUGGAGCGCUACGGGGCGCUGCUGGACCUGCCCGAGCUGCCCUUCCCCGAGCUGGAGCGCGUCCUGCAGCCGCCGCAGGAGCCCGGGGACCAGGUUCCAAAAGAGUUGGUAGAACUUCACUUGAAACUGAUGAGGAAGAUUGGAAAAUCUGUCACAGCAGACAGAUGGGAAAAAUACUUAAUCAAGAUAUGCCAAGAGUUCAACAGUACUUGGGCAUGGGAGAUGGAGAAGAAAGGAUACCUGGAAACAAGUGUUGAAUGCAAAUUGGGAAUUCUGAAGUACCUCUGUGAGUGUCAGUUUGAUGACAAUCUAAAAUUUAAGAAUAUCAUUAAUGAAGAGGAUGCUGAUGCUAUGCGUCUCCAGCCAAUUGGUCGAGACAAGGAUGGUCUAAUGUAUUGGUAUCAGCUGGAUCAAGAACAUAAUGUGAGAAUGUACGUAGAAGAACAGGAUGACCAGGAUGGGUCUUCUUGGAAAUGCAUCGUCAGAAACAGAAAUGAGCUAGCUGAGACGCUUGAGCUUUUGAAAGCACAAAUCGAUCCUGCACUGUUGAAAAAGAACAACCAGCAGGACAGCUCAUCACAUGAAAGCCCUAGCAUAGAAGAUGAAGAUAGCAAAAAGGAGGAAGAAAUAUCUCCACCAGGAAAUGAAUUAAAAAUAAAAGAAGAAAAGGAGAACGUGGAGGAACAGUCAAAGGAAUUGGAAAGUCUUCCUCCACCUACAGUUCCAGCAGAUGAAAACAUGAUGAAAGUGGAGAAAGUGGAAGAAAAGGAAAUUAUAAAACUGCCUGUCAUAGUAAAGCUAGAGAAACCUUCAGAAAACAAUGAGGAAAAGCAGAUUACCAAAGAAGAAAAUGAUUCCUUUAAAGAAAAUGUCAAGCCUGUUAAAGCAGAAGUGAAGGAAAAUAAAGUAGAACCAAAAGAUUUUAAAGAAGUAAAAAGCAGCACAGAUAAAAUAACAGUUCAUGAGCCUGAGAGAUUAGAGUUUUGUGUCAAUGUCAAAACCCCUCAAGAAGUUGUGGAGAAAUCUGCAGAAGAAAGUGAGAAACUUAAAAAUGACCAGCAGGCAAAGAUACCAUUGAAAAAGCGAGAGAUCAAGCUGACAGAUGACUAUGACAGUCCAAUAAAGGGGUCCUUGUGUAAAUGUGUUACUCCAACAAAGGAUGUCUUGAAAGAGGAAGGAAAACCAGAGGAGGAGGGUUUUAGACGAGUCCCUACAAUCACUGCUUUAUGUCCUGAUGGGAAAUUGCUAGUAAAUGGAGAAGUUAGCAAUGAAAAAGUUGCCCAAAAUGUCACCCAAAAUAAUAAGUCAGAACAUUCCAUUAGCACAAAGGAAGACAGCAGCAGCUCAUCGAAGGAGAAAAAUUGCAUCAGUGGGGGGAAAAUAUCAGAUUCUUUAAACUCUGUUAGCAAAAUUGUGAAAACAUGUGAAGAUGAGAAAAAUGUGCCUACAGACAAAGAGGUAGCUGCUACGGUCUCUGAGAUCUCUAAUCAGAAAGUGCCUUUAAAGGAGGAAUCUAGUCCUAUGGAAAAAGAGUCCCUCGACAGUAUGACUUCUGAGGUGGCAAUGGAGGACUCUUGGAAAGCAGGAUACUGCCCCAAGAAACCUGAAGAGAAAUUAGCUUUGAAAACUAGGAAGGACAGACCACCACUCAAAGAAUGUUUAGAAAAGCUGGAAAAGUCCAUGAAGACAUCCACUCCUAAGGAGCCUCCCAAGCUUGAUCUAACAGAUGAAGAGGGUUUGAAAAGUAAAAAUGAACUGGAGAAGAAAUCUGACUCUCCAAAAGCAGCUGAAACACCUCCAUCAUCUAUUCCUCCUGUUCCUUCCGAGAAAUCUGCUUUAGAAAAAGAGGGCUCAGAUUCCAGAAGCAUACUUCCUGAUGAAAACAAAGUUCAGGAAGGAUCAGAUUCAGAAAAACAAAAGGAGGAAUUUGAAGCUCCCCAGACAGAACCAGAUAAACAAGAUAAUGCCCAAACCUCUAAUAUAGAGGAGUCUUCAGAGACUAAAAAGGAAUCUGCAGUACAAAAAAGCAAAUUUAAAUAUAAACUGAUUUCUGAAGAGAACAUCUGUGUAACAGAUAACAAGGAAAUAACCUCCGAGAGGCAGAAGGAAGGGAUCAAGUUAACCAUCAGGAUCUCCAGUAGAAAGAAAAAGCCUGAUCCACCUCCGAAGACUCAGGACACUGAGAAGAAGGAAGAGGAGGAAGUCAGUGUUGGUCGCACUUUAAGGAGGUCUCCAAGAAUAUCUAAACCUACUCCAAAAGUGGUGGAGACUCGGGAUCAGAAAACUGACAAAAAACGAAGUGAAGAAGAAGAGGAGAAACUGGCAGUGCUGCAAAAGCAAGACCGAAGAGAGGAUGUGAAAAAGCAAGAGAAGGAGUCCAAUUCUAAAAUGAGCAAGGUCACACAGAGAAGCAAAGUGCGGUGGACAGGUACUCGAACACGUGGCAGGUGGAGAUAUUCAAGUAAUGAAGACAGCGAGGAGUCUGAGUCCGAAGAAAAUUCUGAGGAGGAAUCUGUGGGGGAAGAGGAAGAAGAGGAACCUGCACCUGCUGAUGAUGAUGAACCAUGCAAGAAGUGUGGCCUUCCCAAUCACCCUGAGCUAAUUCUGUUGUGUGACUCUUGUGACAGUGGAUACCACACAGCCUGCCUUCGACCCCCAUUGAUGAUAAUCCCAGAUGGAGAGUGGUUCUGCCCACCUUGCCAACAUAAAUUACUCUGUGAGAAGUUAGAAGAACAAUUGCAAGAUCUGGAUGUUGUCUUGAAAAAGAAGGAGCGGGCAGAGCGAAGGAAAGAGCGAUUGGUGUAUGUGGGUAUCAGUAUUGAGAACAUCAUCCCACCACAAGAGCCAGAAAUACCAGAAAGUCAGGAAGAAAAGAAGAAGGAUUCCAAAAAGUCAAAAUCAAAACGGCUUGAAAGGAGGUCUACUAGAACACGGAAAUGCAUAAGUUACAGAUUUGAUGAAUUUGAUGAGGCAAUUGAUGAAGCAAUAGAAGAUGAUAUCAAGGAGGCCGAUGGAGGAGGUGGUGGCAGAGGCAAAGACAUGUCUAAUAUCACAGGUCACCGGGGAAAAGACAUUUCCACCAUCCUAGAGGAAGAAAGAAAAGAAAAUAAGCGGCCACAAAGGGCUGCUUCAGCACGUCGCAAGAAACGACGGCGACUGAACGAUCUUGAUAGUGAUAGUAACCUGGAUGAGGAAGAGAGUGAGGAUGAGUUCAGGAUCAGCGAUGGAUCACAGGACGAGUUUGUUGUAUCAGAGGAAAACCCAGAUGAAAGUGAAGAUGAUCAGCUGUCAAACGAAGACAGUGAUACAGAGUUCUGUGCCCGUAGACCCAGGCGACACCACUCCAGGCCAAUGAGACAAAGCAGGCGGUUACGAAGAAAAACAGUCAAGAAAAAAUAUUCAGAGGAUGAUGAAGAGGAAGACUCUGAGGACAAUUUAAGUAGGGAGUCUGAAAGUGGUGAUUACACUGAUUACAGUGAUGAUGAUUACCUGGAAACUAGGCGGAGAAGAUCAAGGCGGAAUCAGAAGAGACAAGUUAACUAUAAGGAGGAUUCAGAAAGCGAUGGCUCACAGAAAAGUGUUCGCUACGGAAAGGAGCUAAGACGACUUCAUAAACGCAGGCUUCCCAGUUCAGACAGUGAAGAGAGCUACAUGUCCAAGAACUCUGAAGAUGAUGAACCAGCAAAGGAAUCAAGGCAGUCUAUUCGAAAACGUAGCCGAAGUACAGAUGAAUACUCAGAAGAAGAAGAGGAGGAUGGGGACGAACCUGAGGAGGAGAGACCUGUCCGCAAACGGCUGAAUCGAAUUGAAACAGAUGAUGAAGAUAACUGCGACAAUGCGAACAAAGAUGCAGAAAAGCCUGCACCUGCAAAUAAGCCAUCAGCACCUCAUGCUCCUCAUGACAGCACCAAGAAGCCCUGCUACCGGAUAGAAAGUGAUGAUGAAGAUGACUUUGAUAAUGUAGGGAAAGUAGAAAGCCCAUUGGACUACAGCCUAGUGGACUUGCCUUCCACCAAUGGACAGAGCCCAGAUGAUGACAAUGUUUUAAAAAAGAAACUGGUAAAGACACAGGCUUUCUGAAACACAGACUGGAGGUGUGUUUUGAAGGCAGGCCACCAUUGGGUCAGGACUCAAAACCCAAAAGCGAGAAAACAGAUUUUUCUGGGUGAAAUCCCCCCUCAUUUUAUUUAUUAAAGAGUCAUAUAUACUUGAUGGAAGAUCAGUGACUGUGCAUUGGAAAAUAACCUGUCCCAAUGGUUAAUGAACUGUGUAAAAUUGUACUACAAAUCUGAGUAGUGCAAAGAACCUCUGGAAUCGAAUAUGGAACAUAAUGUCAUUACCUAUUGCUCUCUUCCCCGUCUUUCUCUCUCCCCCCCACCCCCAAUCCUGUUUUAUGGAGGGUAAAGAAGCCAGAUGCUUCUGCAAUUGCUGUAUGCCUAGGACAUCCCCCGCUGUCUCUGUAGAAAGGUAGGGGUGUGUGAUAUGGGUGGGGCAAGUACCUCCCUGGAAAUGUUCACCUUCCCCCUCUGCUCCUGUAGCAAGUGCCCUGGUGCACAAUGCAGUCUCAGCCACCAGCAUUCACUUUAUAGGUCAUAAGAGCGUGUGGAUGUGGCCUAUACCUAGAAAGUUGCCAACAGAGUCUUCUACCCACUGCCUGUCCUGGAAGUAGGAAAAGCAUCAUGUGCUUCCGGUGGGUGGGGUCACAGGCGCUGGGAGGCACCAGCCGGCAGCAUGGAAAUAAAGAGGGACCAAACAAAAAUCUUGCAGAUAGGAAAGGAGAGAAGGUUAAAAGUGACAGAAGAACACAGGUGAGAGAGCAGUUGUGCUGCUGGAUGGGUUGUAGGUACUCAUUUCCCGAUCAACUGCAGUGUGUGGAAGGCUCAGAGACAAGUGUGCCAAUCGCUGCUGUAUCUAAUGUACCUGAAACUAGUGGCUAGCCUGGGAGCAGCGCUGGGCCCUCUACCUAAACAGAGGCAACUCCAAAGCUGCGUUGUAAAACUCUGCUUGUCACUAGCUUUUUCUGGUGUGUGCAUGAAAUCUUGUAAGUUCUGUCAUCACCACCCCAGUGGUUCUUUGCACCCAAAUAAAUAAAUUUUCCACAAUGAUUUUUUCUACCUGUGUUCUGAAGGUCUGGGUGUCUUUGGGUCGAACUGGUUACUAAAGGUCCUGUGCUAUUUUAUGUUCAGAGCUAAGAGUGUUAACUGUCAUGUUGUGGGAUCCUAUUUUCCUGCCAUAGAAUAAGAGUAAUUCCUAUGUAAGACAAUAGCAAUUAUUUGUAUUUUGUA